AUGGCCUAUGCUGGUGGUCCGCCAUUAGUUAGCGGUCUCAUCUGGCGUCGGAUAAGCAUUGAACUUUUACUUCGUUGGCUGUCUUCCAAACGAUAUAUUAGAGAAGAUAAAUGUAAAGCAGUUCCUUUUGUGGAGUUGACAGUAGCUCACGCAUCUGUACUGACCAUAUUAGCGAUAAGUUUCGAGCGCUACUACGCCAUUUGCAAGCCUUUAAAGGCCGGUUACAUAUGCACAAAGGCGAGAGCGUCGUUCAUUUGCUUACUUGCGUGGUUUAUCGCCGCCGUCUUCACAAGCCCCAUCCUAGCAAUCACCCAGUAUGGAUUGGAAACGUACUACGAUGGCACAGUGGUAUCGGUAUGCUUCAGCAAAGUGGAAACGUUGCUACCGUCCCUAUUCUUCAUCCUUUCCAUAUCUGUAUUCUUCUUUCUACCUCUAGCAAUAUUAUUAAUUCUGUACGCCCUCAUCGCCAAAACCUUAAUCGACCACCCAAACGUAAUGGCACCAUGUAAAAACAACGCACUGGGAUCACAAAGUGCCAUAAAGUAUCGUAAGCAAGUAAUUAUUAUGUUAGGUACCGUCGUUUUAGCAUUCUUUAUCUGUCUAUUACCAUUUAGAGCGUUAACAUUAUGGAUAAUUGUUGUACCCGCCGAAUCUAUAAUGAACAUCGGCAUUGAAGGCUACUACAACCUACUAUACUUCUCCAGAAUCAUGUUCCAUAUAAAUUCGGCAAUUAAUCCCAUAUUAUACAACUUGAUGAGCUCGAAAUUUCGAAACGGAUUCUUUAGGCUGUGCGGAAUACGUAUUUUUAGCAAAAGAUACAUAAAUCGAACCGACAUCAAUAGGAAAAACACUUUCAAUACUACGUCCUCAACGCAAACAUCAUCACAGCACACAUCCGAUUCGUUUUGGAGCCGAUAUAGUCAUAAGAACUACUCGAGGAACUCUACCAGUUCGAAAGAUGCCAAAGAUACGCUUACCGAUCCCGAGUGUUCGAAAAAUAAUAACAAAAACUCGAAGGAUAGUUAUGUACGAAUUCCUUUACAACCUAAUAAUAGUUUAAAUAAUUCUGUUAAAAAGAUUAUAAACGGAGAAAGUUACGUGUAAUUUUUCAUAUCCUUUUUUUGUAUGUGAGUGUCAUGUGAUCGUGCCUAAGUAAAUUAAUGCAGCUGUAGAUAAUGGUGUUCAGUAGCAAAAUUUGUGUGAUAACUGAUAAGGUUUGCUAUUGUUUGCAGAAAUCAAGCAGCGCGCAAAACAAAUUCGAUUGACUUGGUGCUUCUUCAAAUUCGUUACUAAUCUUGUUUUUUAACGAGAGUAAAAUCCAGCCUGGACGCACGAGCAAAACUGAGGACAUAACGCUAAUAUUAGUGCAUUUUACAGAUACUCUCCGUUCAAUCGUAGUCUCAUACCUUUUUAUAAACAUAAGCCAGGGCCAUAUAGUUUUUGAUAAAAUUUUGUUUAAUUAAAUGCCUAACCGCCAGGUGGCGCUACCCAACUUAAUUCUUUUAAAUGGAAUACCCUACUUUUUAUUAGAUUUUUGAAUUUACAAGACAUUUGUGAUAACUUUACUUAAAAGUGCUACCAACUUCUUUGUAAAAUUCAUUGAGCUAAUCUCUUUUUUCAUUCCUUUCUCCGUCCGUAUUUUCCAACUGCUCCCCCAACCGCCCUCUGUCCCGCACUGGUAUUUCAAUCGCCCGUACCAAUCUAACAGGAUCCUUGUGCUUCCUUACUAAUUUUUUCGUACUGUUUUUCUAUUUCUUCAUCGUCAUGAUCACUUGUCGGCAUGUAUACCUGGAUGACUAGUAUUGCUCUUACCUUAUAGGGUAAGUACGGUCGAAAAUCACGGUUGUGCAAAGGUGCUUACAAGCGAAGUAUUUGCGACCCUCAUUUUAUUUGAAAAGAAAAUAUUUUUUGGUCCCAUACUUCAGUCACCCCCAAAUUUUUUUUUGUUAUUUUUUGAUAAAACUUUGAGUUGUAGUUUUUGUUUCCAGCUUUAAUUUUUUCCACCUUAGAUCCACUCUUGCUUUGCACGUCUUAUUAUUUUAGUGAUUUCGCUUCAUUAUAUAGUAUCUACUUCUUGUUACUUUCCACACUCAUUUUUUUAAGUGGUUUCUUUCUGGCGCCUGCUAUUUCUUCUACUAUUGCUCUACGUUUCGCCAUGCAUUCCUAUUCUGUUCCUGGAUCCUUCCUCUCUGCGUUUCAGCAGCGAUGUUGAUGAUAUUUUUUAUUUCCUUUCAAUCAGAUUUUAUUUCUCAGUAUAUUUUUUAAUUGACGUUUUGUUUUAUAUUAGCAUUGAAUAAAAAUUAUUCAAUGAUAUUAGUAUGUAGUUCGGGUAUAUAUCAUUUUUCAAAUGUUUGUGGUUUAAAACCUGUAGCUCGUACAAAAAAGACAAGCAUAUACAAGCAAUCCGUAAACUAAAAGGCUUUAUGAACCCGACAGCAUUUACAAGAUGCGAAUAACAUAAAAACACAAAUGAUAGAAUUUGACAGACAGAAUUUACGCAAGACAAAUUGAAAAUGACGCUAAAAAUCAACCAAAGGUACCCUUUUCAUUGUUUGGAUAAUAAACAAAAGAACUGCAACCAUAACAUAGUUUAGGUGACCUACGUUUUGGAUAGGAUCUAUCUUUCCGAAUAAGUUUUUUUUUAAUUUUUCUCCAAGAUUGCAAACCCCUAAACGGGGGUGAGUAUUGCCAAGAAUAUCAACAACAAUUUAAAUAAAAACUUCAACUGACAAAUUUCGUGAAAUUUUGACCAGUGUCCUUGUCUAGUCAAGAAGAAUGUAUUCGGAAUUCCUAAUUUAGGAUUUUUUUCCAUGUUGAUUUUAUCAUCUUUUUGCGCAAAUACGUUGCAAACGAUUGAACUAAGCUCCUUUUAAUUAUUAAAUUGAUCAAGGCAAAUUGAACGUGUUUAUUUUAUAUAAUGAUUUUUUUGACAAAUUAAAACAAACUAAACUAUUCCAGGUAGCUAACAAAUUUUGUAGUAAUUAUUUAUAUGCAGUAGGCAUAAUCUUACAGUAAGAACGUUAGGUAUGGGAUUUACCAAAAGACCUAACAAAGUCGUUACUGUCAACCUUCUUCUCAAUUAGUAAAGAAAGUGUUUUAAGGAAGAGGCCGUCAGAGGCAAGUCAGUAACACCUCGUUUUAUUUGUUCAAAAUUAUGGGUACGGACAAAGAAAUACAAAUUCUUUUUAUUGAGCCACUUGGGCCACGAUAGUUUAACCUCAGUUCGGUUAAUUGAAUGAAUGAAGAAAUUUGAUUGGUUAAUAUUAAAAAAAUGAUUCGAUCAACUUUCUUAGUCCUGUCUGUGAAGUGAACUGAGGAUGGACUAUCGUUCACUUUCCUUCACGCUUUACCCAGGCUUCGGAUUGGCCGCAUUUGCUGGCGUUUUUAAAAUCGGAUUUAGGUUCCACCCAAAGGUUUAUCCAUAUUUUUUAUUAUAACUAUGUGCUGCUCCAUUCAUAAAUAAUUCAUUUUUAUGGGGGAACGGAGGUUGUGGACGUCUAUUAUUCACCCCAGGUUGAUUUACGUAUAAAAUUUGAAUAUACAAUGUAAGAAGUGGAAAAACAAAAAUGGGCAAAUAAUUAAAUGCUCACCAGUCAUUUAAAUAAAAUGUGGCAUACUGAAAGAAUUGAAGAAGCACCAACUUCAAAAUUGCUAUAGAAACGAACUUUAAAAGUACUCGUCAGGACAAUAAAAGAUAUAAGGAUCAAAGGUUCCUAUUUGUACCAUUCCUCUUCAUGUACCUAUCCAUACCGAAACAUUAUCCUGUUUUAGUUAAACGAGAGAGUUGAGAUGAUGUAAAUAUUUUUCAUAUUGUAUGUAGGACAAACAGUAUAUAGUGGACUAUAUUACGAAAGAUCAAUCUUAAUUGCCAAAGUUUUGAUGUCAAAUUUAUCUAUGGAAGGUUGUCGAUAUGUCACGUAAACGGAUGUUCUCAAAGAUUUACUUAACCCGAAUCUACCCCUAUUAAGAAUAUUUGGCAUAUUACACCCCACCUUAUUUCUUGCACGAAUUUAGGACCCGCUUUACAGCUUUACAAACUUGUCAGAUUUAAUGCGGAUCGUCGCGAUUUAUGCUUUGAUCUUUCCACCAUAAAUUAAACUUACAUUCAUCUUUCAUUUCGGUUGCGCCAUAGUUCAUUACAGAUUUGCCCACCUUUUUCCUUGUAGGGUGAGCUCGUCUUCACGAUUGUUGCUUCUGUUAGUAGGUAGGUACACAAUGAAAGUCGUAGGUCGGAAAAUCGGUUAACCUCGAACUUCCGGCGCGGUUUCAGUGAGUUGCCAUUUCAUGUUGCAUAGCUAAAAGUUUAGUUUAAUUGCGCAAAGUUCAAGGUCGACAAUUCAGCCCUUACGCUUUUCCAUUCUGUUCGUCUCACUGAACAUAUCUUAGAAAUUAACGUAAUGUAUACGACUCUAGACUGAGCAGGCAAUUGCUUUUACUGUUUAAUGACUUCGGUACGUCUGCAACACGAGCAACAUAAUCGAUUAAUUAGCUAUGAAUAGUCUUGGUCCUUGGAAACAAUUAGGUAUCAUUGCCACUCGUAUUUUACACUACUCUAUACCUAUUCAGUAGAUCGCCAUUGACUUUAAUAUAUACAACUUUCUGAUCCCCGGCCCUUCCAUCCAUGACAGCGAAAAGACCCUUUCUCACCUAUAGAAGAGUAAUGGCAACCCAACACCCUUUCCAACCUCUAUGUGCAUUACGUAACAAAUAUAUACAUAUACACAAUCGCGAAGAAAGAAAAAGACUGUAAAGAUGUUCACUGUAAGAUUUAAGACUACCGACAAUAACCUUAAAUAGAUACUACUUUUCUUAGAUUUGGUCAUGACCGCGUGAUUCUUUAAGAGCAAUAGUCACCUAACUUUCUCCAGCAACCGGAAGAACACAUGCAUAAUGGAUGACUUAACGUAUUUAUCAGUAUCAAACUAUGUAAUAAGAGUCGUUUAUUUGAUAAGCAAUUCACUUGCUUAAGUAGCUAGUUAAUUCCAUCCACUUAUAAGAUCUAUGUUAAUGACAAAAGAAACAUUCUAGUCCAGUAUAGAAUUACUA